UGGCUAGAACCUGCACCAGUGACUUGUUGGUUAUGGCUGUGAUUUGGAUGUGCUGCAUGUUAUCACACUGACCAAAACUGUAUGGAGAGUACAGGGAGCAGCUGGGUAAUUUUGCCCGAAGGGAGGCCACAGGUUUGCUAACCAAGAACCAGUCAAAUAAACAUCGUGGCAAUGCUACGGCAAUCAGAAGGGGCUACGGCCGAACGGACCAUACUGAAUUGGAAACAGGACCCAUGACCCCAGGACUUAGCCACUCCUCCUCGGUAAAGAAACCUCAACCUUACUCAAAAUGCCAAGAUUGCCUAAGGCGGAUGCAGAGGUAUAUGAUAACAAAGCUUGGGGAGGAUUGGAUCUUCUUGGUGCUUCUGGGUCUCACAAUGGCUUUAGUCAGCUGGAGUAUGGACUAUGCCAGUGCGAAGAGCCUGCAAGCUUACAAAUGGAUGUAUGGUGAACUGAAAGGGAAUGUAGCACUUCAGUAUCUGGCCUGGAUUACAUAUCCUAUCAUUCUGAUUGUGUUCUCCUCCCUCUUCUGCCACCUGGUUUGUCCACAAGCUAUAGGCUCUGGUAUCCCAGAGAUGAAGACUAUUCUGCGCGGGGUGGUGCUGAAAGAGUAUUUGACGCUGAAAGCUUUUGUGGCCAAAGUCAUCGGUUUAACUGCAAGCCUGGGCAGUAGCAUGCCUUUAGGAAAAGAGGGACCUUUUGUCCACAUUGCAAGUAUCUGUGCUGCUGUGCUGAGUAAAGUCAUGUCCAUUUUUACAGGAGUGUAUGAGAACCCCUAUGGCUACACUGAUAUUCUGACAGUGGGGUGUGCUGUAGGGGUCGGCUGCUGUUUCGGCACUCCCCUUGGAGGUGUGUUGUUCAGUAUUGAGGUCACAUCCACUUAUUUUGCUGUGAGGAAUUAUUGGCGAGGAUACUUCGCUGCUACGUUCAGUGCCUUUAUAUUCAGAGUGCUGUCUGUGUGGAACAAAGACUCUGUCACAAUUACAGCUCUGUUUCGUACAAAAUUCCGGAUGGACUUUCCUUUUGACCUGCAGGAGCUGCCAGCAUUUGCUGUCAUUGGGAUCUCAUGUGGAUUUCUUGGAGCAUUCUUUGUUUAUCUAAACAGACAGGUUGUUUUGUUCAUGAGAAGACCAACAGCGCUCACUCAGUUCCUCACGAAAUACCGUUUGAUUUACCCCGGUGUGGUGACCCUCAUUAUUGCUUCCUUCACAUUUCCUCCAGGCUUCGGCCAGUUUAUGGCUGGUGAGCUGAUGCCAAGAGAAUGUAUCAACUCUCUGUUUGAUAACUUUACCUGGACAAAAGUCUGGGACGCCACCACGGAACCUGGUCUGGGCCGCUCCAGAGCCUGGUUCCAUUCAGAAGUCAGCAUCUUCAUCAUCCUCAUUAUAUUUUUCAUCAUGAAGUUUUGGAUGUCUGCUGUAUCAACAACAAUGCCUAUCCCCUCUGGUGCCUUCAUGCCUGUCUUUAUACUUGGAGCUGCAUUUGGCCGGUUGGUUGGAGAAAUCAUGGCCACACUGUUUCCAAAUGGAAUUCUCUUUGAUGGUAUAGUUUACCGAAUCCUACCUGGAGGCUACGCUGUGAUUGGUGCUGCAGCAAUGACUGGUGCAGUCACACACACAGUUUCGACAGCAGUGAUCUGCUUUGAGCUGACCGGGCAGAUCUCUCACAUUUUACCCAUGAUGGUGGCAGUGAUUCUGGCCAACAUGGUGGCACAGGGACUGCAGCCGUCUCUUUACGAUUCCAUAAUACAGGUCAAAAAGCUUCCUUAUCUCCCAGAGCUUGGUUUUGGACACAUCAGUAAGUAUAAUAUCUUUGUGGAGGACAUCAUGGUGAGGAAGGUGAAGUUUUUGUCCCCUCAGACAACCUACCGUGAGCUUCUUCAACUUCUGCAGGCAACCACCCUCAAAAGCAUCCCGGUGGUUGAUUCUAAAGAGUCAAUGAUUUUGCUGGGCUCUAUUGAGAGGUGUGAGCUUCAAGCAGCCUGUGACUGGUGGCUGUCAGCAGAGAGACGGAUUACUAACCAAGGUCAAGCAGUGCGCAGUCCAGGGUCAGUGGUCAGCUGGGAGUCCUUCAGUUUGGUUGAUGAAGAAGGAGGAGAGGGGAGCAAGGUAAAGGAAAACACAGUCUCUGAGGAGCAGAACGGCCCGGUGGAAACUGUGGGGGAUCCUGCUAAUCACACAGCGCCUGGUGUCCUCGGAUUCAUGAGGGGCGCACUUCAUCGCCUCUUGUCAAACUCAAUGUCGACGGAGCAGGCUGAGUCACAGGAUGCUCCUGUAUCCGCUCCUGUAACAGACAGCAUGACUCCAGAUGAGAUCAAAAUUUGGGAGGAUGCUGAGCUGGAUAAGCCCAUCGAUAUUGACCAGAUUCGUAUUGAUCCCUCCCCGUUUCAGUUGGUUGAAAGAACAUCACUGCAUAAGACGCACACACUUUUCUCUCUACUAGGUCUUAGUCAUGCCUAUGUCACCAGCAUAGGUAAACUGGUGGGGGUGGUAGCACUUAAAGAGCUUCAAAAGGCCAUCGAAGGUUCAACCCGCAGUGGCGUCCGUCUGCGCCCCCCACUGGCAAGUUUCAGAGACGCGAGCCGUAAAAAAACCAAGGAGCACGCCCACCCAAGCUCUGCCCCUUCUUCUCCCACCCGAGAAAGAGAGGUCAGGUGCGAGGAAGAAAAUAAAGAAACAAAAGCGGAAGAGUGCAAGGUCAAUGUAGACAGCAACAGCAGAAGUUCAGGUAAUUCAGCUCAGGUGCAGCCCCCUUCCACUUCAUCUCCUACUUCUACUUCCAUCCCUCUCGCAUCCCUCCAUCGUCUGCCUGAACAGAUGACAAACGGAGAGGGAGAGAGUGAUUAUGACCUGGUAUAAGGACUGUCAUUGUUUUUUCUU